CGUUAGUCUCUACCCAAAGGGGAAAAUUCCCAGUCUGCACCUCAACCCUUGUUGGUGCUGGAUGACUAGCUGCAACCCCUGACUACAGGGCACAGCGCAUCGAUGGAUAAAAGCACCCUCAAUGCCGAGCCUUCCUCACAAAUAUGGAAUCCCUCCUCAAGAUACCACUCAUUCUUUCGUCCCCACUCGCUUUGCAUGUAUCUGGCACACCGCCCAAUACCCCCACCAGUAACGAUGUUGUUCACUACAAUCCUAUUGAGUGGGUUCUCACCCAGGAUAUCAAAUACGGGCUCCCGCUCGCAAAGGCACUCUCCUGGGCUGUUGCUUUGAUAGAACUCGCUGCCAUCGCCUCUCGCGUGAUAGACCCCACCAGUCUUCCCAGCGGGAUGCAAAGCGUAGCCGCUGUGCUUCAAACGAUUCAAGACGUACCCAUCACCAGUUCCCAGCUUCUCGCUGGCACCGCACUCAUGGUUGCGGGGGGUUUACUACGCUGGUGGUGUUUCCGCACUCUCGGUCGUUUCUUCACAUUCCAUCUCAGUGUUCGCAAAGAGCACACGCUUGUAAAGACCGGACCAUACGCAGUCGUCCGCCAUCCAUCCUAUCUGGGAGCGGUUGCGCAAUCCAUCGGCAUGUUUGUCUUGCAUGGAUCGUGGUCAUCGUUCUUUAGACGCUCAGGCGUUUUAAAUAUCCCUGUGGUGAAAGUGAUUAUGAUGGCAGUGCUGGCGCAGAGAAUAACUGCUAUAGUAGGCCUCAUGUUUAGGAUCGACAAUGAGGAUAAAAUGAUGAAGUCAAUCGCAAAAGAUGAGUGGGUGGACUGGGCUAAGGUGGUUAAAUACCGGCUCAUCCCUGGUAUCUACUAAAUACAAUACGUAUGUCAUAUACUAUACUGCCAAGUGCGUAGCGUUACUACCGUUGAAAUUUUGAUGUAC